AUGACAAUCCAGUGGGAUGAGAAGAAGAAGAAAUGGGUGGAUGUCAAUGCAGACGAAGACGAGAGCGAUGCAGCCCCUGCAGCGCCCCCUACUGACCGUGAGCUCCACUCAUCGGUGCCGCAAUCUGCCGAUCCCCAGGGUGGGGGAAGCACCCAGGGACCUCCAGGCCCACCAGCCUCCGGAGAUAACAAAUUCAGACGCCCAGCCAAGCGGAAUUAUGUGGACGUCUUUCAAGGCAACGCUAAGCCAGCAACUCUCUCCUCAGCCCAACCCCCAAGCAACCUGUUCCAGACCCUCCCUACAGGACCUCCAGCGACCAACAUGAACUUCUUUGUCCCAGGAGCUGUUGCAGAUGACACAACUGAUUCCAACCAGCAGCCUCAGUUCUUUAACCCAAACACAUUCGGCAGCAGUGCCAACAGCAACGCCAAUGCUUCAACAGAUCAACAACAGUAUCAACAGAAUCAGUAUCAACAACAACAACAACAACAACAGCAACAACAGCCGCCAUCGAUGUACCAAGUCGGCAACACGCAGCCUACCCAGUCUCAACAGGAGGAAAAUAAUACCCAAGAUGAACCCCCCGCCCAGCCGAGUCAGCCCCAGCAACCCCCAACCCAACCGGCAGGACCGAUGUUCUUCAACCCACAGAACAUGCCCACCAUGCCCCCCUCAGGGCCAGCCAUGCCCCCCUCAGGGCCAGCCAGGGGCGUGGCGGGAUCAACCAAGCGGGGCUAUGGUGCAAGGAGGCAGUACCCAACGGCGAGGUAG